CGAAAGCAAAUAGACUGUCAGCCGCAAAGAAACAAACGCGCGCUGCAUUCCAAGUAGAGCAAAGCAUUAACAACAACAACAACAACAAGAAUAAUAAUAAAAAGAAGCUGUUAUAGAUACACGGCUACAGAUAGUUACAAAAAAAGAUACAGCGAUACCUGUCCGUAGGCCCAACCCUCUCUCGCAAGUGCAGUCGUAAAUGCCUAAGACGGCUGCUGCAUAAUUAUAUUCAUCUCUGAUUUUUGUGUCUUGUGCGAGUGUGCAUAUGUGUGUGUGUGUUUAUAACGCCUCGAGCAACAACUAGCCAACUAGCAACAGCAACAACAACUGCCACAGAAUGUAUCUCAUACAGACUGUUCAAACGACUUGGCGUCCCCAGUUGCCCUUGCCCAAAGAGCUCCAGCUGGCCGAUGAAGUCAACCACAAGGCAGAAGCAGCCACCGAAGCAACAUUAGACACCAACAACGAGCUGGAGAUGGAGCGACUGCGCCAGCAGCAUCAGCACGGCUUGAGCGGCUCUUCCUCUCAGCAGCUGACGAACAAACAGAAAUGGUCCUUCGGUCGGCUGUUUCGCAAGAAGAAGGAUGCUGCGGAUGCUGGCAGUGCCAGCUCCAGCGAGGAGGAUCGCAAGGCGGGCUUUGUGCCUGCCCAGCGCCAGAGCGCCACGAAACCCAAAUCAAAAAAUCAAAGCAAAUCGGGCAGGGGAAGCAGAACAUUCAACUUUGAUCACAUUGUGCAUCCGCAGUCGCAGUCGCAGUCGCAGUCACAGUUGCAGUCACAGUCACAGUCACACUCCCAGUCACAGCAAAAUCAUGCAGACAACGAAUUCUUUUUGCCCGUGGAAAUGCUGCCACCCGAGCCCUACUAUCAAAAUCAGCCUGGCCUCUGGCCUGGUCGCUCCAGCAACUCCCUGGAUCGCCGACUCUAUCUAAGCCAGUCGCAGCACUCGCAGCAGCUGCCGCCCAGCAAAUCCCGCUCCGCGCAGCGCGGCAAGCAGCCCGGACACUCCAGCGAGGAGGAGAUCAUUUCACUGAAUUCCUCCACCUUCUCCAAAUAUCGCAGCGACGAGAGCAUCCACAGUGGCGGCCAGGCGCUGCAUGGUGGCCAGGGCGCCUCCAGCCAGAGUCGUCGGAGUCGCGCCGCACGCAACGAGCGCUACUACAAGCGUCUGUCGCGCGACGGCGAGCUGAGCCACGGCAAUGUGCCGCCGCAGCAGCAGCAGCAAUUGCAACAACAGCAGCAACAUCUGCAGCAACAACAUCUGCAACAGCAACAGCAACGCUACAAGACUCAGCCCUUGCCUCUGUCCAUUUAUCAAGCACCACACAACACCGCCUCCACCUCCACCGCCGCCGCCGCCUCCUCCUCCGGCUAUGUGCAGUGGCGACCGUUGCAAAACUCCAUGCAGAACGAUGCGAAGCGCAGCAUCAGCUACGACAGCCAAAUCCACUUGCAGAACGUGAAUGGACGCAUGCAGAGCAAGCCGCUGCCCCCACCGCCACCGCCGCGCGAUCCACUGCGUCGCGUGCACGUCGGCUACAGCUCGAGCGAUCUGCGGCCCGUUUCGUAUGCGUUCGAUCAGCGCGGACGCUGCGCCUCCGACGAUCGCAUGUGGCAGCCGACGCAGGCGCACUAUCAGUCCGUGCACUCGCUCAACUCAGCUCAGGGCAGCUCCAUAGCCAGCGCGCCGACGCAGUCGCAGUCGCAGCACCGUCGCUUCAUCACGCGGGCAGAGCGCAAUGCGAUGCCCGGCAAGAAGUCGCUGCCGAAUGGCAUUGAUUUCCAUUAUGUGGCGGAUGCAACGCCGCGCUCGCGCAAGCCCAUUCAUCUGCUGGACAGGGAUGUCCGAUUGGCCGAUCCCGUCGAGCCCGCCUCGAGCGGCGUCCUGCGCACCUCGAAAAGCGGUUUGCCCACGGCCAGCAGCGAAUGCUCGCGCUCCCAGCAGCCACUGGCCAAGCCGCGUUCCAUCUCUAGUUCGCGUUUAAGCGAGCUGCGCAGCUAUCCCAUGCCCAUGUACUCCGAGGUGCAGAAGCCCAAGAGAUCGGCGCCAGCGCCCGCUCCCUGCCCCAAAUCGAACAGCGUUGUCUGCGGCAGUUUGCACAUCAAGCCCAGCGAGCACGGCCGGGAGAACUAUGUGGAAAUCCAAAACCGGGAUGUGCACAAGACCAACUCAAUGCCGCAUCACUAUCAGCGGCGGUCUGGCGAGGAUCUGUCCAACAAGUACGAUGAGUAUGUGGCCGAGAAGCGGGAACAGCAUCAGCAGGCGCCCAUCUUUGCCGAGCGUAAGGCGAGCGCGCCAGCCAUCGCGCCCAUCUACUAUCCACGCAAGAAGCCCGCCAAUCUGGAGGAGGCCAUCAAUGAGCUGGAGGCCAUCUACAAGUCGCUGGGUCUGACCGAGCCAAUGGAGCCGAAGCCCGAGCCGAAACCCGAACCCAAGCCGGAGCCGCAGGUGGAGCCAAAGCCGCGCAUGCCCACGCCGAGUGACUUCGAGAAGUUCGCCCUGGCGCAUGCCGAUGAUUAUGAUGAUGAGGAUUCGCCAGCGGGUGAGCCGGAUCCGGUGCGCGAUGAUGUGGCCUAUCGGAAUCUGCAGCUGGCCAAUUUGCAGUAUCGCGCGGUGGACAGGCAGCCGCCGUUUGGCAUACCCGUGGGACCGAUUGUGCCGGCACCGCAGAGCGACUAUCUGCACGUGGAGCCGGUUGUUAAGGAGAAGAAGAAGAGCGGCUCACCGGACAUUGUCAAGGAUGAUCUGGCGGUGCGUGCACUGCGCAAAGAUCCGCCCGGUCCCAAGUCCAGCUUCGUCUAUCCCAUGCAAAAGAAGCAGCGCGCCACGCGCACCCAAUCGGCGAACAUCUACAAUCUGAUCCAGCGGGAUGCGGCCAAGCCAUCCGGGGGAGAUCUGAAUAGCUACAUUGAGCUGACGCGCAGCAUCGAGCGAGCCGGCUCAAUGUCCAACCUGCGCGGUGAGGAGGCGAGCGACAUACCCGGCACAUUGGAUCUGCUGCGCAAGCUGAAGGCGCAGGACGAGGAGCUCCAAAGGAAAACGCACAUACCCUUCAGGCACCCGAGUCAGGGCGGCGCCAUAGCCCAGUUGCCGGAGCGACUGGGCCAACAGCAUGAGGAGGAGAAGCAGCCAAAGCAGACGCCGCCAGUGCCGGCGCCGCGAAAGAGUCUCACGCCCGAGCCACUGCUCGACGAUGCGUUGAAUAAGAUAGCGCAGGAUGCACAGGCGAGCAGCAUCAAGCUGACACAGGAGCUGGACGAGCUGCGCAAGGAGGCGCUGAUUACAGCGGCGCGGCCCAAGUUGAAUGCGGAGCAGCAGAAGCUGGAGCAGGAGCUGCAACAAAUCGAGGCCGUCUCCGAGGCGGCCAAGCGCUGUGGCCAACUCCUGCUCGACACGUUGCCUGACCAAACGGAUGAGCCGGACAGCGAGCAGCCCAAUCCGCGCAAGCUGCAGAAGGAGGGCAAGCUGAUACGUGCCAUCGACGAAGUGUCCGAGGCGGCGAACGCUGUGUGCGAAAAGAUACUCAAGGACAUUGUGACCACCGAGCCACCGGUAGUGGUGCACGAGGCGCUGCAGGUGAAGCAGCGACCCCUCGACCAGCAGCAGCUGGUGAUGCCGCAUCUGAUCAAGAAACUGGAUCCCAUACAGUCGGACAAGAUCGAGGCGAUAGCCAAGCGCUGCAUGCGCCAGCUGAGCGAACUGGCAUCCGAAUCGCCGCCAGAUUACGACAAUCUGCCCGCCUGUAAUAAGAAAAGCAGCCAACACGAACCGGUCCACGCUGACGCCACUUUAAUUUGUCCCAUUGCAGAGACCAAGAGCAAAGAGCAAACGAUCGAUGACAUCGAUCGGAUAAUGCGGGAGUGCGAGCUGCAAGCGCGACAAACCGGAACUACCAACACCGCCUCGAGCACAGAUGAUCAGCGCACCAGCAGGACAACUCACACCACGUCGAGCACGGAUGAUCAGCGCACCACAGCGCCCAGCAUGAGCAGCGGCAGUGGCAGCAGCGGCAUCCAUCAAGCGAAUACUGUGAGCACCACCGCCUCCUCAUUUAGCUCCAGCAGUGACUGCCUGGCCAAGUCUUCGAGUCCCUCGACGGGCAAUCGGCCCAUGUCCUCGAGUAUAACCUCUUUCAAUCCGUACUCAUCGAGCGAUUAUAUCAAGUCGCAGAGUAGCGAUUAUCAUGCACCCAGCACCGAUCCCAUUAAGACAUUCAGCACCACAUCGUACGAUGUGCCAUCGACGCCGAACGACACCACAAUUAGCACCAAUACACCGAGCACCACCAACACCAGCAUCACCAACAACAACCUGAGUGAAAAUCGAACCGCCAGCUUUGCAGCAUCGCCUACGUCCUCGACCUGCUCGUCGCCGCCGUUGCAGCUGACACCGGUGGGUGGGGAUGCGAGUGGAGCACGCUCCUCUUCGCCCUCGCAGUACAAUUCGAGCGAGGAGCUGGCCGCCAUAUUUGGCAUUGAGGAGAAGCCAUCGAAGCAGCUACGUCGGAAGCAGCUAACAGAAACUACUUUUGCGGCCUCAAGUGACUUAUCCACAGCAUCCGCCACUGCCAAAACUAGCUGCCAGCAACAACAACAACAACAACAAGUAGAACAACAGCAUAAGGAGCCAUCAGACGAAUCAGCUGGCUCGAUAACACGAAUCUCGUAUCGGGGACAACAUCCGCACUUUCAUCAUCAUACAACGCCAGCCUAUUAUACGGACCUGCAGCUACGCAUCCAUACACCGAGUGCAUCCGACGAUGGUGCAUUGAAUGAGAAUUAUCAGAGUGUUUAUAGUACGCCCAGCACUCAGCUAGUUGAGCAGCGUUGCUUUCCGGUUAAAGCCAGCAAUCAGACGAUCAGUCAACGUGCAAAAUUUUUUCGACUUGGCGACUCUGUGUCCACAGAGAACAACAGCAACAACAACAGCAGCAACAGCAGCAGCAGAAGACGCCAACGCAACAGCAACGAACGCUGCGCCAAAUCCUUGCCGCCCUCUGUGAACCCUACAAAAGGUGAAACCACCUACCAAAGCCAAAUCCAAAACGAAAUUCCUAUUGCCAGUCGUAGUAGUAGUUGUUGUAGAUCACCACCCGUUGUAGUUCAAGCUAGCAUCCAAGUAGCUGGUGUUGCAGGUGCACAGACCAACGGACGCAACAGUCGGCAUACACAGCGCUUUCAGCAGCGCUCCAGCAAGCGGGCCGUGCGUGUGCGUAGCGAAUCGCGUCCGAUUAGCGCGCUCUACGACAUAAUAUGCAAGGAGAAGGGCCUCGACGUAGGCAACAGCAGCAGCAACAGCGCCAGCAGCAGAAGCAGCAGCAGCAACGAGGAGGAGCAGCAGCAGCAGAAGGAGCAACAGCAGCAGCCGCAACAGUUGAACAAAAGCAACACACUGGCGACCUUUUGGCCUUUGCACCAUCAAUAUUACAGACAUUCAAUGAGCGGCAGCGGCAAUCAUCAUCAUCCAUCGGAUCAGUCGGAUAAGCACCGCCAAUUGACCAAGCAGAAGCGCAUCGUCCGGGUGCUGCCCUCAGAGGAGCUCUCCACGGACGAUGAAUCGCAUGCACUGCAUCCUAGUCAAAAGACAACAAAUCUGACACGGAUCAAGGGCAUUGAGGCCGAGCUAGAGGUGACGCCAGCAGCUGACGAUCCUGUCGAGCCCCAUCCAGUGAAGAGCCAUGAUCUAUUGCAUAAGUUGUCCUACUCGGCGCCCACUUCACAGCUGGUGUUGAGUUACAAGGAUGGGCAGCCCAUGAAUACGGAGGGCCUGUUUGUGGAGCCACCGAAAUUAUCGAUACCGGACAUAACUCGUUGUGUCCAAAAGACCAGCAGCAAAAAGCUGGCAGCGAAUGAGAAUCAGCAAGAUCAAGAGGAACUAAAAUCUUCAAACUAUGAGCCAGGGGAAGUGAUCGAGACACUGGCACGCUGGCAAGAGGAGCUGUGCUCCACCAUGGACAAGUCUGCGCAGUUCUUAAACGGUGCUAAUGAUCAUAAUAGUCAUCAUCAUCAACAUCCUCCUUAUCAGCCUGAGCAUCAUUAUCAGCAUAAUGAACUGUCCGCAUCUCCCGACACACUCGAUCAUCAGCAUUCAGUGACCGUAGACGAUCCUCGCCAGAACCUCAACCAGACCCAGUCUCAGUCUCAGCCACUAUCCAAUCAUCAUCAUCAGGCGACUAAUGCACGCAGAUUCAUAACUCGAACACCGCGUUCCGGCAGUCGUCAAAGUGCUGGCCACUCGUCCCCGCCACCGCCCGUUGGCUAUUACAGCGAUUCAUCCAACAGCUCGCCAUCGCCCACACGUAGGCACCAUCAGCAGCAGCAACAGCAGCAGCAACAGCAGCAGCAGCAGCAAUCAGCAGCAGGUGCAACAACAAAGACAACUGUUGAUGUUGCAACUGCAACCGAUCCGCAAUCAUCAACGAAUGGCAACAGCUCCGCUUAUGAGACAGCCGCCACAUCUGUAAUGACAAAUGCCAGGCAGCUGCAGUUGCAGUCACAACACAUCGAAGUUCCUAAGAGCACAUCGACAGCAUCCAACAUCGUUCACCUUCGCCCCACAGCCGGCAACUCAGCGCUACUCAAUACUGUUGCCUCGACAAGCGCCAACAAACGCAGCAUUCAUUUCACUUGCAACAUCAACAACAACAGCAACAGCCACAGCAACAGCAGUAACAGCAACAACAGCCGCUUUAACAAUAACAGUCAGCAACAUCAGCAACAGCAACAGCCUUGCCACGCCACGCCCAUGCCACCCCUUGCCACGCCCAGAAGCAAAGCGCCAUUGAUAGUGCUUAAAGCAACAGCAGCAGCAGCAGCAACAGCAACAGUUGCUGCAGCAACAACAACAACUGCAACUGCAACUGCAACUACAACAGCAGCAGCAGCGUCGCCUUCAAAGCGACGCAAAAAUUUGCUUUCGCCUCUGCGCAUUGGCGGCAGCAGCAGCCACACGCCCCCGCAGUGUAGUCCGCUGUUGAGCAGCUCCUCAUCCUCGCCCCAAUCCUCGCCAGCGGUGCGCACAACCAAAGCCAGUCGUCUGCGUGCCGCAGCGCUCGAUCGCAAGAAAGAAGAGGAGCAGCAUCAGCAGCCGCCGCAUCCACGUCCACGCUUCACUUCGCCCAGUGCGCUGCGUACAAACUCCACGCCGCCUGGCCGACGCCUGAGCAGCUCGGAGCUGUCGCCCAAGCGCAGCAGCAGCAGCGGCUUCAACUCGGAUACGCCAAGGAAUACGGCACGAUCGGCGUCGCAGCCAGCGGAGCCGGUGGAGCGACGCCCGUUGGUGGCCACGGCCAAUAAUCUAUCCAUGAAGCAGAAUUUGAGCGAGCUGCACUUUACGGGCGGACCACUGAGUCCGGCCAAGGCCGAGUGCACAUUGCACAUGCGACCCAGAAGCUCCACAAUGUGCGCCGAGGUGGAGCAUGAGGACGGCAGUGGCGCCAGCGUGGGCAAGCAACGUGAUAAUCUGACCAACCUGCAGCUGAGUCCCGUGCAAAAGCACAAGCGAACUCCGGAAGCCUCACCUUUGCCGCGUCGCAGCGGUGAUCGCGAUAAAUCAGCGAAACGCAAAUCGAAUCUGAAUCGUUCAUACAACGAGGAAGCCACCAAGGAUAGCGAUGAGAAUUCGUCCAUGCGCCGGCGACGACGUCGUGAACUGGGCAUGGCUCGUCCUUUGAUGCCAGGGGAUGAUGAGUCGCUGCGAGAGCUGCUGCAGCAACCGCAGCCGCAGUCGCCUCCGCAGCCACUGCCGAGGAGCUCCUGCAGCGAAUCUGCAUCCAAAUCGGAAUCGUUGCGUCUGGCACGCGGCCUGAGCCAAAAGCUGAACGAGCGCACCAAAACGGAUCUGGCCGAGAUUAAGAAGAUUGCCGAACAGGCCCAGGUGACAUCUGGUCAGCAUGAAUCGGCGCUGCGACGCAAGAGCACGGAUGAAAUAGCUUCAUCCUCGGCACUGGCUGCAGCCUCCGUCUCCACACAGAACUCGCCGCCUGCACCCAACCAGAUUGUGUCCAUACUGAAGAAGAAGGAGCACGCCUUUGGCGAGUGCAAUUCGAGCGCCUCCAGCAAUGCGUCGCCGGUGACGUUCUCGGCCACGGUGCUGGACACGCCGCUAGCGACGAGUAGCCGGAGCAAGCGUCAGGGCAUACUGAAGAAGCGCUCGAGUCUGGAUGAGUCGCGCUACUAUUCUCGCUCCCAUUCGCCCGAUGAGCGAAGUAUUCUGAUCAAGUCGGCGCGUCGCAAUUCCCUGGAGGAGGCGGGCAUCACGCUCAGCUCGGGCCAGGCGCACGGCAUCCUCAAGCAGAGCAGCUACGAGAGCUCCAAGAGCGAUGGCUGUCCAUCGGCAAACGAAUCACAGCCGCAUAGCAUCCUGAAGAAGAAGGACUCGCUGUCGACUCCCUCGGAUGGCGGUGGACACGUCUCGAAGCACGUUUCCAUCUCGCAGGCGGUCACCUUGGCCGCCGCUGAGCUGGCCGCGCACGACGGCAGCCUCGCUGGCAUCGAGGACAGUGAGGAGCACGAGAUACGGCCCAUCCUCAAGCAGGAGAGCACCUCCAGCGAGGAGGCAGCACGACCGCCAAAGCCCAUACUAAAGAAAAAGUCGUUCGGUGAGGCCGAUGAGCACGAGAUUCGGCCCAUACUCAAGAGCAGUCGCAAGAGCAGCCGCGAGGAAUUCGAUUUAAGUGAAGUGACCCAGGAAUCUAAUGACACCAUUGCCAAUGAGGCAAGCACAAUGCGUCCCAUAUUGAAAACGGAUUCCCCGUCGAAGCGUCGCUCCCUUGGCAACGCUCAGCUCGCUCAGGAAGAGAGCGCCACGAGUCUGCUCAAGCGUCGCACUCGCUCCCUGGAACGCCAGGAUGCGCCGCCUGUCAUGAAUCUGGCUGCCGCCUUGGAUGCCAUAACCAAUUCGCAGACGCCCGUUGAUAUUGUGACAACGCCAUCAAACAUCUCGGUGGCUGAACGCAUCAAGCACAUGGAAAUGCUAUCGACACCCCCGAUGAGCAGCACGAUUGGCCCAGCUGGUCUCAACAGCAGCUGGGACUCGCCGCUGCAGCAGACAACGCAGUUGAACGACUCCGGCGCCACGCCCAAACUGUUGAAGCCCAGUGUUCUACGCAGAGAUCUCUACAAAGAUCGUUACAAGACGCAGCCAGUGACCAGCGAGGAGAAGAGCUUCUUUAAAGCAAACUCCACGCCAUUCGAUAUCUCGGCGACAUCGGCCUUCAAGCCCACGAAACCAUUGGAAAUCCAUCAGCAUCCGCAUCAGCACCAGCUGCAGCAACAACAGCAUCAGCCGCUAAUCUCGCCCAUCACUGGACAACCGCUGAGCCACGUGCCAGCACCGCUGCUGCUCUCCUCAUCGACCCACUCGACGGCCGGCAAUUCUUUCCGCUUGGGACGCAGCUCGACGCAGCCACGCCUGCUGCAGCUGACAGUGACGGGGACUCCGGCACCGACACCGGCCAACUCUUCGCACAGCCUGCACCGCCAGCAUUCGGUCAGUGAUAGCAUCAACGCCAGCCUAAGCGAACAGCUGACAUUGUCUGUGGGCAACAACGAUACGGAGCACAUCUUCGAGAUGUCCGGCAUAGACAAUGACUCGGCCAUUCAGUCGCUCAGCGAAGACGCCUCCACGGCCACCCAGUCAAGCACUGGCGUGGGCGUGGCACGCAGCAAUAGUGUUCGUGCUCGAGCCAACAUGUUCCAGCAGCUGCAGGAGCAGUCGCGCAGCCGACGGGAGGCGGCCGGUAGAGAGCAGUUGCCAGCGCAGUCGCGUUCAUUCGCCAGCAGUCAAGCAGUAACUCCUCACCACUCGCCGCCACCGUCGGCAACAGCCGAAGCUGCCGCUGCUAGCUCGCACAAUUCGUUGAACGACGAGCCGAGUACACCAAAUACAACACAGGACACGACCGAUGCUGAUUUCGCCAAGCCCCCUGAUGCGCCCAAGGGCAUAUUGAAGAGCGGCAAACCCUUGGGCCUGGGCUUGCCCAUGGGGCGUGGUCUGAUGCCCAUCGAUCUGAACGCAGAGCUCAAGAAUCGCCUGCAGCGCUCCACGCAUGCAACUGUUUCGAAUCUAAGGAAAUCGGCGACGACGACGAAUGCAACGCGCGAUGAAACGGACAAUGCAGCUGCAGCGGCGCCAACGAAUCCUCAGCGCAACUUGGCACAAAUACUGCGCAAUGUGUCCAAAGAGAAUGCCACGCCCACGUCGGCGCAUCAUGACGAUGCCGUUAACCUAGUGCGCAACCUCACGUCGAUUGGGGCGCCACGCCUCAGCGGCGAUGCAGCUGGGAGCAGCAACAAUUGCGCAUCAGCAUCCGAGGGCGAAAGCUCCGGCGGACGGGAGAUCGAUGCGAUAAUUAAGAAUAGCGCCGUGGCUAGACGGCGACGCCAGCAGCAGCAGCAGCAGCAACAGCAGCAGCAACAACAACAUCAGCCAGAUGGCAAUCUCAUUGCGAAAAGCAAAAGUUACUCGGGCAUAGCCGGCCCCCAACUGCCGCCACUUAAUGCAGGUGGGUUUGUGAAGUUGCGUCAUGUAGAUACCGAUAAGCCGCACACAUCAACGCAAUCGCAGCCAGAUAAGCAAGAGGAUACAGCUCUCAACAAAGACGACGCCACUGCAGUAGAAGUAGAAACUGAGAUUAUGGGUCCCGAUCAGCGCAAUAUUGCCAAGACGGGCUCCAUCGCCGAUCGCUUGGCCGCACUGCAGAAGAGCGGCGAGGAUGACUGGAAGAAGCGCAUCAGCAAGCGCGAUGAGGUCGACGAUAUUUGUCGGGAGAAUUUUGUCAAUGAAUCACUUUCGCUGGCCCAAUCGAUCUCGGAUAAGCCACUCCCACCAUCGCCACUCAUCGUGGCCAGCCUCGAGGGCGGCAAAGUCUCGGAUCGUUUGGGUAAACUCAAGUCGAACUCAGAGAAGUGGAAGCAGCGCAUAGAGCAAACGGAUGCCAAGAAGUUCACAGUCGCUGGCCGACUGCAGAAGAAGGAGCAGUCGCCAGUCGAGCUGCAGUUCGAGCGGCUGCCCAACGAUGCGGCCAAGAAGUGCCCCAUGCUGGAGGUGCGCAGCGCCAACCAGCCCCAGCUGGGCCUGGCCAAGAGCCCCUCUAUGAUGGUGGGCCACGCAACGAAGCCGACGGCCGUGCAGCGCAGCUUGAGCGUCCAGGAGGAGGAGAAUGUGACGCUGACGCGCAGCAACAGCAACAAGAGCAGCAGCAGCAGCAGCAGCAGCUCCGACUCGGAUGGCUCGCCGCGCAAUGCCAAGCAGCACAAGGAGCUGGCCAACAACAAGAGCGCCGAGGCAGCCACAAAUGUGGGCGCCCGGAUUCAGGUGCCGCGCUCGGACGAUGCCGAGACCUUCGAGAACUUCUUUGGCGGUCAGCAGCAGCAGCAGCAACAGACAGUCGAGCUGGAGAUAAGCGCCUUCGAUGACAUCAAGUCCACGGAGCGCCUGGUUAGCAAGCGCAACAUUCAGGGCCCCAAGGGCCGGCGCGCCGCACGCAAUCCGCUCAAGACGCUGGCUGCACGCAGCGACAUCUGCUCCGAGUACACAGAGCUGAGGACGGGCGUGGCCGAGCGUGAGCUGCGACGCCUCAAGCUGGAGUCCUAUGGACAGCGCAGCAAUUUGGCAGCAGAGGCCAUUGCAGGGCUCGCCUCGAUCGAGGACUUCAAGUCGGUGGCACUGAGAUCGUCGUCGCUUCCCCUGCAGCAGGUGUGGGUGCCCUACAAGCGCCUGAUGCUGCUGCACGUGAAAGGACGCACGCAUGUGCAGACGCGCCUGGUGGCACCUGCGCAGGUGUCGCUCAAUCGGGGCGACUGCUUCAUCUUGGUCGCGGGCACGCAGCUGUUCCGCUACGUGGGCUCGUUCGCCAAUGUGAUUGAGAUCUCGCGCAGCAAGAAGAUCUGCGCCGCGAUUGUGGAGAACAAGGAUCUGGGCUGCACAGCCACGCAGGAGGUCAUCCUCACCGACGGCAAAUACGUGAACGAGCGCGAGUGGCGGCAGUUCUGGUCGCUGCUGGGUGAAUCGGAGCAGCAGCAGCAGCAGCAGCAGCAGCAGCAGUCGCUGAUUGCCGACUCGGGCCAUGCGGACGAGGACGAUGUGUUCGAGAGCAGCCUGAUCGAGACGAACAAGAUCUACGAGUUCCAGAACGAUGCCCUUGUGCCCCUCGAGAAGUACUGGGGCAGCAUACCCAAGGUCGAGAUGCUCGACACGCGCAAGGUGCUGGUCUUUGACUUUGGCAGCGAGCUGUACGUGUGGAAUGGCAAGAAUGCGAGCACGGAUGACAAGCGGGCGGCCAUGCGACUCGCCCAGGAGCACUUCGAUGCCCCGGAUGCGGCAGACUAUGCCCAGUGCUAUCUGAAUCCGAUCAACUAUGCGAGCAUCGUCGGGCGGCGCGAGAGCACAAAGUACGCCAAGCGUUGCGCUCAGCGCCCGGAAUGGUGCGUUCUGGGCAGGAUUACCCAAAAUAUGGAGACGGUGCUGUUCAAGGAGAAGUUCAGCGACUGGCCAGAGCUGGAGCGCGAGGAUCUCGAGAAGGACUACUUGGCCAACGGCGUGCAGGUGGUGCGCGCUCUCAACGGUGCAGCUCUGCACAAGGGCGAGCCCUAUCAGGAGCCCAAUCUAGUGCUUGAGCUGGCCAAUUUGGGGCGUGGCAACUUCUACUACGACAACGACACAAUGCGCCACUUCGACAUCAUUAGCAAGUCGAUCGAUAAGUGGCAAAUCCACGAGUUCAACUUCGAUGCGGCCGAGUCGCGCGAGACCUACGGUCACUUCUACUCCACGGAGAGCUAUAUCGUGCGCUGGAUAUAUCAGAUCUCGGUCACAGUGCGCGAGCUGAGUGGCAAGGUGUCGAAUCGCAGCACUGUGGGCCGCGAUCGCUGCGUCUAUUUCACCUGGCAGGGCGUCGACUCGAGCGCCAAUGAGAAGGGCGCCGCAGCUCUGCUGACCGUGGAGCUGGACAAGGAGAAGGGCGCCCAGAUGCGCGUGGCCCAAGGCGAGGAGAACACCGCCUUUGUGCGACUCUUCCGUCAGCUGUGGCAGCACCAGGGUCGCAGGGCACAAUGCCUGGCCAGGCGAUCCGAGUGGCGUUUGUACCAGCUGCAAGGCAAUCUUCCAGAGGAAUCGAUCCUCAAGGAAGUCCAAUGCGAUGCGCGCCAGCUGCGCUCGCGCAGCUCCAUGCUCCUCGUCCAUGGCAUCGAGGGACAGGUGCUCGUCUGGCACGGCUGCAAGAGCGCCAGCCACACUCGCAGCGUCGUCUUGGCGGCUGCUCAGCAGCUCGUGGAGCAGCUGCCGGCUGACAUGUUCGACUGUGCAAGUGCCGCAGUGGAGGAGCUGGAGGAGGGUGCGGAGAGCGAUGCCUGCAAGACGGCGCUUCAUCUCGCUGAGAGGCCCGACUAUGGUAGCCUGCUGAAGUCAACCAAGUGCUACGAUUACACAUUGCGCAUGUUCAACUUCUCGAGCACUCAAGGCGUCUUUACGGCCCACGAGCUGCUCGAUCCGCUGCGCUGCCAGGACUUGCAGUCCCCGUAUCCGUUCUCACAGGCACAGCUCUACAAUGCUCGCCAGCCGACUAUAUUCCUGCUCGACGACGGCGAUGAAUUGUGGCUCUGGAUGGGCUGGUGGCCACUGGAGGACAUUAAAAUCAACGACGAGGAUCGCAGCAGCCCCACGAACGACAACCGUGCGGGUGUCAACCGUUGGAUCUCAGAGCGACGAGCCGCUCUAGAAACGGCCGUCGACUAUUGGCGUGCCAAGCAUGGCGAGAACGAGGCGGUUGCCUUCCAUGGGGUCAAGGGCCACGUUGUCUGGGCGGGCCUGGAGCCAGUGGCCUUCAGGGCACUCUUUCCCAACUGGAGCGAGCGUGCCGAUGUUCGUGAAAUCAACAUCGAGGAUGGUCGCACCGAUGUGCCCAUGUCGAUCAGUGAAAUGCUCGCACAAAUGACCCAGACCGAGUAUCCGCUGGAGGUGCUUAAGGCUCGCCCACUGCCAGAGGGCAUCGAGCCCACUCGCCUGGAGCUCUACUUGAACACGAAUGAAUUUCAGCAGGCGCUCGGCGUGAGUCGCGCGGAGUUCGACCAGUUGCCCGUGUGGAAGCAGACCAAGCUGAAGAAGGAGCGCGGCCUCUUCUAGGCGAGACUACUAUUAUGUGACCAUAUAGACUUUUAAGUGAACGCAAUCACAAACUACUUACUCUUGCAACCAAAUAUUUUCGUAAAACUCUUUAUAUACGAACAUUGUGUACUCUACCAGGACUAUUUACAGCUACCACAUGACAUACCCAUGCGCAUAUCUCUAUAUACUCUCGUACUUUACACUUACUUAACGUAUAUAUACAUGGUAUUUACAUAUAUAACAUUUUUACACACAUUUAUAUCUUAUGAUAACGGCACAAUAUGUUUGCAGGCGGCACAAAGAUUAUCAUGAAAUUGCACUGAACUAUCAAUAAACGUUAGAAUUUAA